ACAAAAGUGGUAAUGUAGUUCGUGUUCAUUGUCAUUAAUUAAGCAGGUGUACAAAUAGCGUGUCACGCCUUAUUUUGGACAGGUGUUAUGCGCAGGGUCAAGUUGGGACAUAGCUGCAUACUCAUGGGUGCGAACGAUAUCCCAGUUUAUCAGCCGGAGCGAUAAAGAAGGAUAUACUCUGAAGAAAAUCGCGCUGACCUGAAGAGUAGUAAGAUUGUCGUAGACCAGCGCGACGUGCGGCCUCGCCUGGCAGCUUUUCAGUGAAAUAAACAUGUCUUCUUUAAAAAAAAUGACAAGACUUCAAAACCCAUUAGCCCGAGAGAUAAUUGCAGAAUAUAUUGGAACGUUUAUUCUUUGUACUUUUGCUAUUGGUUCCGGGGCCCAGUAUGUCCUCAGCCGUCAGGAGUUCAGCAGUUUUCUCACUGUCAACUUUGCCGGAGGGAUGGGACUGACCCUAGGGAUAUAUUUUUCCGGAGGCGUGUCAGGAGGCUCUCUUAACCCAGCCGUGACGUUAGCUUUGUGUCUGAGUGGGCGUGUGCCCUGGUAUAAAUGGCCGUUCUACUCUAUAGCGGAACUAGCCGGAGCUUUUACUGCUGCCGCCGUCCAGUUCGGUAUAUACCACGAUGCCCUCAAUCAUUAUGACUCCGGGUAUCGACAAACAACAGGAGAAAACGCGACAGCCGGAAUAUUCGCCACGUAUCCCCAGGAAUUUGUAUCUACAACCAACACUUUUUUCGACCAGGUGUUCGGUACAUUCCUGCUGAUCAGCUGUAUACUAGCUAUAACAGACAGACGUAAUAUGCUGCCACAAACGGGACUACUACCACUGGCUCUGGGUUCCAUUGUCUUCGCCAUUGGUACUUCAUUUGGCUUCAAUUGUGGUUAUGCUAUCAACCCAGCGCGGGACCUCGGGCCGAGGAUGUUCACCGCCAUGGCAGGAUGGGGGAAGGAACCAUUCAGUUACAGGGAUUAUAACUGGUUUUGGGUGCCAUUGGUGGGUCCGAUGGUGGGCUCGUUCCUAGGCUGGGCUGUGUACGCCAUCACAAUCGAAAACCAUUGGCCACCAGAUGAUGGAAAUUUGAAGGAGGAGGUCAUCACCGACCUUGAUCGGGGGGCUAGCGAGAAACACGGCGACGGGUUCGACAAUCACGGAUACCAUAAAGAUUCAUUCGAAAAUGGGAUAUUUACAACGACUUCAACACAGAUGUGAUGAAAAGCGUUCUGUAAUAAAUUGUAUGAGUGUGCGCCAUGUUUGUGCUUCAUACGACGGCCCCGCACCUAUGGAUGAACAGGAACUGUUUCUGUACGUGGUAUUAAUCUGACAUUAGAACAGCCAACUUUUGUCGGUAGUGUCCACACAAUGUCCGUUUUACUAUAUAUUUAUGUGUGUCAGAGGAAGUGCCAUGUAUCUUUCAGAUACCAUAUAAUCUGUUAUUUUCAUUUUUGAUAUUUUGAUACUACUCUAUUUAUGCCAUUUAGCAACACUCUUGCUUUUGUCUUGUUUUUGUUGAUCCCAUUAUGUGAUCUUAUCAUUUCAUUAAUGGCUCAACAAGUGAAUAAGUGCUAAUCGCUGAUUGCAUUUUGGGAAAAUCAUAUAUCUGCUUAUUUCUCAUAAAAGUACAUGUACAUGAUGUCAAGUAAUAUGUAACAUGUAUUGUCCACAUUCAAGAUUUUAUAAUGUCCAUUAAAAAUAUAAAAGUAAAACAUUGACCUGAAGAAGGAUAUUUUCAAACAAUGUAAUAUUGUUGCGAACAGAUAAUGCAGAGGAAAAUAGUAUACCAAUACAAAAAUGGUAUGAAGGGAAAGGUCAGAGUUUGUUUUGCUGAAUUUAGAGAACUUUUAAUUUCAAAAUAUCUUUAUAAUGUCAUUUCUAUUCUCAAAGAACAAUAUGUGUACAAUAACAAUCUUUUCUUUAUUUUAAAUCUUAUCUGUUUGACGGGUGACAUCCUUGUGGGUGCGAUAGGGUGCAGCAUGGGUCUUAGUGCUCUACUUAUAAUCUAUGUUAUAAACAAUACUUGUUUAAUAUGUGUUUAUGUCACAUAUAGGGUUUAUUUAGCACAAUUAUAAAAUAUGUCUGGAUAUAAACAACUACUGGUCAGAUUGUCUAUUCUUCAAACUUGUUUUAUUUCGUGUAUGCAAUGCAAUAGUAUAGAAAGAAAUGGAACAGACAGUUUAAAGCAAUUGUCUAAACACGAGCUUGAUAUACUAUUAGCUGUGUAUUUAAAAUGUGCAAAUGUAGCUUGCUUUUGUGUAGUGUAAUGUUCAUGCAUGGAUUAAAAAGACAAAACGUACAACGAGUUUCUUUGUAGGAUCACGCAUCCAUACUGGACGAUGGUGUAUACAUGUGCGUUCUUUACGUAUAUAUAUAUAUAUAUAUGUUUAUUAAA